AUGAGAUUAAAUGGAUAUUAUAUCAAAGCUGGAUGCUGCGGUGAAUCCGGAUCUGAUGGUUGCUGCUGCUAUGAUAUCGAAUACUGCUGCCGCUGCUGCCUUUACUCAUGGAGUUUCCAGAUUUCGAAUGACAAUGUUACAUGGAAGACAGUUCAUUCAGUCGAAAAAGAUAUGGAAAUGGUUUACUGCAAGGACAAAACAUAUAAAUUCAGCGAAUCUUAUAAUACAAGAUAUAUCAGUCUUAUUCAGGAUGAAGCUUGCCCAGGAGAUCCACCAUGCAUAGCUAUCAAUAAGAUAGAGCUUAUUGGAACAAUUGAUGGCGAAGUUUCUUACGAAGCUCAUAAUUUUGAGUCAGAAGACGAUGAUGUCAGCAUCAUCGGUCAUAUUUCUAAGAAUAGGAUGUAA